UACAGUAGCCUUCGUAUUGAUCAGUGUGUGCGUACCGACGAGAUUGUAUUUGUUUCUACAUGGGAGAUGACGUGAGAGAUAUCUUAGAAUGGGAAGGCCUUCAAUCGGGCUCGUCAUCAAGUGUCUCCAAAGAAGCGAUUAUUGGAAGUGGAAACAAGAAAAAGAAGACAACUGGAUCUGCAUUUAAAAGACCAGAGGGAAUGGCUAGAGAAUUAUAUGCACUUUUAUACAGUGAGAACAAAGAUAUUCCAUCAUUAGCUCAAAGUAGCAGCGGCAGUGGUUACAAACAAAACAAAGCACAGCUGGGUAGAUCACGAGUAAGAGAAUGGAAAUGGAUGGCGUUUACUAAUCUUGCAAGAAACGAUGGCGCCAUAUUGCACCACUGGAGAAGAAAAGUUGAUGGAGACAAGCCAUAUCCAUUUUCCAAGUUCAAUAAAACAGUCGAUGUACCAAUGUAUACAACAGAAGAAUACAAGAAGUAUUUACAAGAAGAGUAUCCAACGUCAUGGAGUAAGGAAGAGACAGACUAUUUAUUUGAUCUUUGCAGGAGGUUUGAUCUACGAUUUCCUAUCAUCCAUGAUCAAUACAACACAAGCGAUUUCUCUACUCGAAGCAUUGAAGCAUUGAAGGAUCAUUACUACAGUGUGUGUCGACGACUGGCAAAGGUACGUGGGUUGAGUGGCGAACAAGUGAGUCAGGCAUGUCAUUUCGAUGCUCAACAUGAGACAGACAGAAAGGCACAUCUGGAGAAAUUGUUUGCAAGAACUCAAGAACAGGUUGACGAGGAGGAGUAUCUUAGCGCGGAGUUGAAGCGUAUUGAUCAACGGAAGAAAGAACGAGAAAAGAAACAACAAGAUCUACAGAAAAUUAUUGCAGCCGCAGACAACACAGAGAGACAGAUGACACGGACACCAAAGAAGGCAGCUCAGAAGAAGAAGGCUAUUUCUAAUAGUUCAUCUCUUGUACCGUCUCUUCAAGAGGAAGUUCCAUCAGUUGUGGAAGUCGCACCAAAAUCAGUUGAAAAGUCAGGCGGAGUGUAUGUUCGAAGCAUCAAGUUGAAAAUGCAGGCAUCUCUUGGUCAGAAGAAAACGAAAGUGAUUGAGGCUUUGUUGGAAGAAUUUGGCAUCGGUCUAAAUCCCAUGCCAACAGAGCAAGUUUGUAAUGAAUUUGCAGAGCUUAGGAAUGAUUUGAGCUUGUUACUUGAUCUGAAGACAGCUGCUGACUCAUGUGAAUACGAAGUGCAGACUCUUCGACAUCGCUAUGAAGGCCUAACUCCAGAGAGAGACAAACUACCUGCAAGCAUUAGAUCGGCUAUUGAACCAUUUAAGCCUUCAUCUAGUGGCACAGCACUACAUGUUAUUGACAUGGCAAUGUCCGGACCAAGUGCCAGUGGAACGCAACGAAAGCGGCGUGCUGCAGCUUUGGAGCACAACAGCAACCAAUACAAAAAGUCAAGAAGAUUCUAGCGAAUGCAGUCGGCUCUUUUUAACAUUUCCAGCAACAGCGCACUACAGACUGUAACUGUAAGUAUUAGUUAAAUACAAGUACAGUAUGAUUUCAGUUGUUUAGUAAUAUACUAGCAGCCUCUUGUGUGAUCCUUCACUGCGUGUCACUAGUCCACAUCUUGUCUACUUCUUAUGUAAUGACUGUUGAUAUCAAUUAUUAAUUAACUAAU